GUUUGGCGUAGCAACUGCAUUUUCAAUUAUUAUUUUUCGUUUGAUCUUCGACGGGCUCACUCUCUGCAGCUCCUGUCAUCAAGCUCAUGGCCCAAGAGGAAAUAUUUCAACUAGCCCAUUUACUAUUUCAUGCUGAUGCUCAGUUAUUUCUUCAUAUUCAGUUUAUUUACCGCCCAACUCUACUUUCUGCUCAGGUUGAGAAGUUUCACUAAAAAUAUAAUUUCUUGACAGAGGUGAUGCAUUUUUGAAGGCGUCGUCUGUGUAGUUGUAGGAGUAGAGGAUACCGCAGCGGUGACGGCGUGCUGUUCGCUGUUGGAAUCAGCGUUACCAGGCGCGGCUGCCAUGUAGGAAACGUAGUUAGGUCGGUGUGGCAGAGGCGAUUAUCACUGGACCCAAGCACCCUGAUGCGGAUUUGGCGAUUUGAAAUUUGUGGCAGCGCAUAGGUUCCUGUGCUGGGAAAGCCAUCAUGUCGAAGGUCAAAGUAGCUGUGCGUGUGCGGCCCAUGAACAGGCGAGAGGUCGAGUUGAAUACGUCAUGUUGCAUUGACAUGACACCGCAGCAGACGUUCCUGGAGCAUGCCGCGAAGGGCCAGAAGAAAUUCAACUUUGACUACUGCUUCUGGUCUAUGGAUGCAGCAGAUCCGAAGUUCUCAAGUCAACAGCAAGUGUUUGAGUGUCUGGGAGCUGACAUUCUGGACAAUGCCUUUGACGGCUACAAUGCAUGUAUAUUUGCAUAUGGACAAACAGGGUCUGGCAAGUCCUACACAAUGAUGGGCACACCUAGCGACAAGGGAGUCAUUCCUAAACUAUGCGAUACGAUCUUUGAUCGCAUUAAAGCCAAGCAGGAAGGAGACCCGCGGUUAACAUGCAAGGUAGAGGUAUCCUAUAUGGAGAUCUAUAAUGAGAAAGUGCGUGAUCUACUGGGUGCUCACAACUCCAAGCACAAUUUGCGUGUCCGCGAGCACAAAGUGCUGGGCCCGUACGUGGAUGGCUUGUCCAAGCUGGCUGUGUCUUCUUUCGUCGAUAUUGAGAAGUUGAUGGAUGACGGCAACAAAGCGCGUACAGUGGCUUCCACCAACAUGAAUGAGCAGAGUUCCCGAUCACAUGCCGUCUUCAACCUGUUGAUGACGCAGACAUACUUUGACCCGGCAACUCAGGCUGGAAAUGAGAAGGUUAGCAAGCUGAGUUUAGUGGAUUUAGCUGGUAGUGAACGUGCUGGCAAGACCGGUGCCGAAGGUGAUCGACUGAAAGAAGGUAGCAACAUCAACAAGUCGCUGACUACUCUCGGCCUCGUCAUCUCCAAUCUGGCAGACAAUGCGGGUGGCAAGCGCAAGACGGCGUUCAUCCCUUACCGAGAUUCUGUUCUAACCUGGCUACUCAAGGAUAACUUGGGAGGUAACAGCAAAACUGUGAUGGUGGCCACGAUUAGUCCUGCCCUUGACAACUAUGAAGAGACGUUAUCCACGCUGCGCUAUGCAGACCGUGCCAAGAGAAUCGUCAACAACGCCGUGGUCAACGAGGAUGCCAACUCCAAGGUAAUACGUGAACUACGCGAGGAAGUGGAGCGGUUACGUUCUAUGAUUGGUGGUGGUGGGUUGCCUGGAGAUGCCGCUCUGGGCCUCACCGGAGCAUCUGCAAGCGAGAUAUCUGAGCUGCAGGACAAGCUGCAGAUAUCUGAGCGCCUCAUGAAGGAGAUGAGUCUGACCUGGGAGCAGAAAUUGGCCAACACGCAGAAGAUUGCGGAGGAGCGGUCACGGGCGCUUGAAAACAUGGGCAUCUCCGUGCACAAAGCCGGUAUUGCUCUGGAGUCUGGUCGCUUUUACCUGGUCAACCUCAAUGCUGAUCCGUCUCUCAGCGAAAUGCUGGUGUACUACUUGAAGGAUCACACAAUAGUGGGCAAGAGUGGAUCGAACAACCAGCCGGAUAUUCUGCUGCGAGGACUUGGUAUUCAGCAUCACCAUUGUGAUAUCGACCUUGAAGCCAACGAUGUGGUGAUCAAGCCUGUACAGAAUGCUAAGACCUGUGUCAAUGGCCGUGUGAUCAAUGAACCGAUAAUCCUGUGCAAUGGCGAUCGUAUUGUGUGGGGAAACAACCACUUCUUCCGCGUGUCCUGCUCGCGGCCAGCACCCAUUGUGGAGUCUGAAUCCGGUGAGGCACCGCCUGCGCAGACGGCGCUGGUAGAUUUUGAAUUUGCCAAGCGAGAACUAGCCUUGACUGACAUGCAGACUGGUGAUCUGGGUAGUAUCGUAUCUGCUCUGGAGCACAAGCACACCACUGACAAGCAAGAUGCUCUUGAUGAGCAGCGUCAGCUAUAUGAGAAUAAGCUGGCAGCACUGCGUCAACAACUGGGCAGCGGUGCUAGCAAUGCUCCGUCGCCGAGCCAAGAAGCCUCCAAACAGAGUGCCUUGGCCGAAGCUGCUGCAGCUGCUGGGCUGGACCCUGCAGCAGUGUACAGCAGUGAGGCCGAUGAAGAGGCGGAUGCUGAUAUGAGCGCUGUGCGUGAUCUCGUCAUCCACGCUAACGGAAUGGUUUGCGAGGCGAAUCAGCUGAGUGAGGAAAUGGGCAAAGAUACCAAGUUCUCAGUUGCGCUGCAGUUACCGAAGGCCAUGUUGAGUCCAAGACCGAAAGAUGCCAGUCAGCCUCAGUAUGAAGUUGUCGUCAAUGUUGUCUAUAAGACGCGAGGCACACAUACCGUUUGGUCUGUAGAUAAGCUCGAGGACAAGCUGGUGGACAUGAGAGAGAUGUACGACAAACUUCAAGACGGUGCACUCAUGGGUGAUCUGACGUCGCAAGGCCCUGAUCCGUUCUACGAGCUGGAGUCUCACACUCUGAUUGGUGUGGCCAACAUCUUCCUGGACUGCUUGCUGUACAACGUUCCGCUGGAAUAUUCCCCACCCAUCAUUGACCCACGCGGAGAGACGUGUGGCCGUUUGAACGUGGAAAUCCGCCGUAUUGCACAAGUGGUAGGGAAGCCUGGCGAAGGUGAAGGUGAAACCGACGGCCUCAAGGAGCAGUGGGAGCUGAUGGAGGACGAUGAGCUGCAGUCCGGAGCAAAGGUUGCCGUCCAGAUUACGGUGAAUGAAGCGACUGGUUUGCCGCCAGCGCUGUGCCACUUUGUCUUCUGCCAGUACGUGUUCUUUGAUGAACAGCAGGCCGUCAUUGUGCCGCCAUUGCGUGAAGCUAGCUCCAAGCCACCACCGCCUGGGAAAAUCUCCUUCUUACACCCGCAUGUAUGCCAAGUCGUUGUCAACGAGGACUUCAUGGCCUACAUCCAGGCUGAUUGCCUGGCCAUCGAGGUAUGGGGACACCGGAGUAGUGGCUUUGGUGAUGGUUUGACGGCUGCUGCUCCACCUGGCGGUGAAGUCAUAGCAGCCGAGCAACUAGUCAGCAGUCGCACCAAGACGUUACAGGAAAGAUGGAUGGAGGUGAUGCGGCGGCUGGAGCUGUGGGUUGAGAUCCAGGAACUGAAUGACAACGGGGAGUAUGCACCAGUGGAGGUCAUUGAUCGACCGGACGUCCGAACCGGUGGCAUAUAUCUAUUGCGACAGGGCCAGUCUCGGCGUGUGCAAGUAUCAGUGACACCGGUGCGUGGCUCUGGCCUGGCACCCAUCUCCUGCCACUCCAUCACCAGCAUCAGCAUGGGCGCCGUGGUGCAUCAGAACAAGGCUGCCAUCUCACUCGACUCCUUCCAGGACACGGACUUGCAACGGUUACGGCAGCGGUGGUCGGACGCCCUGAUGAGACGGCGAGCAUACCUUGAUGACCAGAUUCACAAGAUUGUCGACAAGAAAGAUCUUAUCGUCAAGAGUCAGGGGAAGUCCCAAGAAACUCGCAAGCGAGACGACAACUACCGCGAGAGCGAGCUAAUAGACGAGUGGACGCAGCUGCAGAUCGAGCGGCAAGUUGUCCUGGAGCCAGCGCCCGGCACGGGUGUGCCCGGUGCACCCUCUACACGCCAUAGGUUUAUUCCGAUUGGUAUGGAGCUGAGAAUACCAACGUUGUUCAUGGACGUCAACACCAGCUUACCUGCAGACUCUGUGAAUCUGAUCGAGGUCGGUGACAUCCUGCUGACCGGCGAAGAUGACCUUUCCAUGGUGGAGCUACCACUGAUGCACAAGGACGCCAAUGAGUCUCGGCAGGCUGUGACACCGCUGAUGCAGACAGGAGAAGCAGCUCCUGCUCUGGAUGGUACAUCUGUCACGGCAUCGUGGGACACAUCUAUCCACGACAAUGCCCAUCUCAACAUGCACACAGCAAACAUGGAUCGUGUCUACAUGGUCGUCAAGGUCAAGGUGAAAAUGGAGUACCCGCAGAGCUACGUCUUGGUGAUGAGGAAACGCAUUUGCUUGAAGAUCUACAAGAAGCUUGGCUUCAGCACUCUCGUCAAGAAGAAGCUAGCUGCCCGAUCUGACGAACGACACCACUGUGGAGUGGCGUAUGAAGUGGUGUACGGCAUUCCAAAGCAAGCUGGCAUGGAUCGGCCGUCCACACCAACUAAUCUAGCUGCUGUUGACGAUGAUGGUGAUCAGGAAAUUGUCAUCGAGAGAUAUUCGCAUGGCAUGUCGUCUGUUCAGAGUAUUCUGUCACUGGACAGGCUGCGACAGGAGUUGGCAGUGAAGGAAGGCCUUGCUGCCGCCGGUCGCGUGAUGAAAGUGCGUCCUGUGUCUGCUGCCAACACCCCAGGUCCGACCGUGCAGCCAGUUCCCACGGUGGUUGCCCCAAUUGCAGUGCCACCCGGUCCAGCGACGCAGCCUGUUACACCGGACAAUGACUCUGAGAAUCGUAGCUCAUCGGCAAGUGGUAGCUCACGAUCCCUGGCUGCACCGCCGUUGUCGACAGUUGGUGGCCUGGCACCCACGCCACCACUGAAGCGAGCAACACGCACACAGGCGCAGCCUCAGACACAGCCCAAAGCGCUUCGAUCCUCUUCACCAUCAUCACCAGCAACACCGGUGCAUUUUUCAGCACAACCUGCUCCAACGACAGCAGAAACUGCAUCGCCGGCCCUCCCUUCUGCUGCCAAGGCUGACAAUGAGAAGCAGACGUCAAUGACAAGCGUAUUAUCAGAAGCACAGCAAGAUGUAACCAGCAGUGUGCAUUCGUCAGAUGAAGCUAAGAGUGGUGUUGGCAGCUCUAAGGAACUUGGAACUGCUGCGGAAACGAUAAGGAAAUUGACAUCUGCCUCGGAGAGCACUGGUAGCAGUGAUGAGGUGGCGGCUGCGUUUUCUGAAAGUACACCUACUGCCGCACAGAGUGGCGCUGUGAACGAUUCACCACUAACUGUCACUACCAAUGCAGCUUCUGGGUCUCCAGCACUGAAAGAACCUCCACAGGUUCAACAAGAGGCUGCCGCGGUGGAAGAGCCUAGAGUGGAACCCGUUGCUGAGCCGACAGUGACACCCAACUCACCACCUGCACCUGCACCCUUAGUAACAACACAGACUACUGUUGUCCCUGCUGCUGAAGUUGUCCAGUCAGUUGCGGAGGUGUCAUCACAACAGCCGCUGUCGACCUCCAGCUCUGCUGUUGAGCAGCCUGUUGCUCCACCAGCGGCUUCGUUCACCGAGGCACCCGUCCACACUCACUCCAAGUCUGCCUAUCCGACGCAGGCCUCGCCUGCUGCUGUGCCACCAGCGUUGUUGAUGUCAAGUCCUGGCAACUCCCGUGUUGCGUCGCCCCUGGCAGCGCCCACAUCCAGCAUAGCACACAGCAGUGCAGCCCAGCGGACGUCCAGUGAAGACUCCACAACAUCGUCUAGUGCAGCAGUAACACAGCCAGCGUCAGCUACAUCCAGUCAGUCGCUAUUACUGACAGCUGACCAGGCUAGCAAUCCACCACCGACUGUGAAUUCACCUGAUCUGGCAUCGAGCUCGCCGAGUCCAACCGCCUCCGCAUCAUCCCCAUCUCCAACUCAGGAGGAUGUGGCAAGCGCUACAUCCUCUGCUAGUGCAGAGGUAGCAGUGGCAGCGGCGGCAGUUGCUGCUGCACCGGCACCACCAGAGCCAGCAGAACCAACAGAACCGCUUCCAAAAGUCGGCGAUCUGGUCAUGGUGGAUCUGGCCAAUGGCUACAAGAUGGGUGUUGUGAAGUUUGUCGGUACGACCGACUUUCAGCCCGGCGACUGGAUUGGCGUGGCUUUGGAUCAGCCCAAGGGCAAGCACGACGGCAGUGUGAAAGGCACGCGCUACUUCAAGUGCAAGCCUAAACACGGUGUCUUUGUGAAGAUCGACAAGAUCAUCAAAGCACCGUCACUCGGCGGGAGUAGCAGUGUCAGCAGUAGCAGCAGCAGCAGCAGCAGCAAGGACGUACGACGUAGCAUGUCACCAGCGGGCUCUGCACCAGUCGCAGCAGCUGUAUCGGCGGCGGCAGCAUCGUCCGCACGUCGCAAGUCCAUGCCAGUAGCUGGCGACGGCCUGCCAUCUUACGCCCGAGGCACAGCAUCCUCAGCACGACGCACUCGUGGAGUCUAAACUCAGCAUGACGCACUCGUGGAGUCUAAACUCAGCAUGACGCACUCGUGGAGUCUAAACUCAGCAUGAUGCACUCGUGGAGUUAAACUCAGCACAUGCACUCGUGUGUAGCAUGUGCAUUCAACUUUGGUGAAUGUUCGGAUAUUAAGUUCUGUCAGCCUACAGCUCGGCACGCCAAGCUCACCUUUCCUUUGUGUUCUCCAGUCAGUCAAGGUACCACUAUGUCCACCUACCGUACUCGCCACACACGCGCGCGCACACUCUUGUGUGUUCCUUUCUCUGUGCCUAUGUGUAUAUAUAAUGCCUGCCGCAGGCGCUCUUUCAAGACUGGAGCAUGUCGAGGACCUGUCUCUAUGGACUUCUUCCGCGAGCUGCACAUUCUCCUGUCUACGCUUCUAUCUUUUCUUCUGUCGCCACAACAUUGUGCUCCUGUAUAUGGGAUCAUCUACAAGUAUGUCUUUGAAGUAGCAAGUGUGUAGUAUUAUGACCGUGUUGAUCACGGAUUAGCCCUAUCAGCAACGGUAUGUGUCAUCCUGUAACGAUUCCACUUGUUUCAUUUCCGUGCGUGUUCUCACUAUUAUUUUGUGAACAGCUAAUUCUCGCUAAUCGACGUGUACUUCAAGUAAGCUUGUUCCCAUUGGAACGUCCAUGACAUUGACUGCCGCUGCUGCUGUGCCACUUCCCUGUUAGCAUGGCAUGGCGAUAUUUGCACUGAUCCUCUUGACUCCAUGUAUUCUGCUAAACGCCAACGCCGCUGCUGUUACGUAAUAACAGACACUGCUACAUGCUCCUACUACUGCGUGUAUCAGUUUAGGCAGGUAUAUUAUUUCUCUGUGUCCGCGCUGCAGCAGCCUCCAUGCAUGCAGCGUUGUCGUCGUCGUCGUCGUAGACCCAGAACAGCGUACUACGCACAGUGCUGCACGUCAGCUGGUCUUGUACAACCUAUCAUCUCUUCUACUCAGCCAUCUCAAUCUAGACCAGGAAGUAGGGAGUAGUAAAAUACUGGUAUUUCACUACUCCCUCUUCUUUCUUCUUUUAUGUGAUUCGACAUAGCUUCUUCUCUCUCUCUCCCUCUUUGCUUUUAGCUGCGGCAUAAACUGUCUGAGUGCCCGCCCUGUAGAUUUGUAUAUCAAGUGAUUCCAUGUUUUUGUAUAGGCGCUUGGCCAUUGGCAGCGCUGUUUUGUUGUCAGUUUGAACGUUUGAUGGUUUCUUUUUUUAAAGACUAUUAUUUUUUAACCAUUCAUUGGCUUAUCUAGCUGAUUGUCUGCCCGGCCUGUUCCCUGUGCUGCCCUGCGCUCCUGUUGUUUGUAUCCAUACGCUGUGCGACUACACGUGUGUUUAGUAAGUAUCCCCCCCCCCCCCCCACACACACAGCCCAGUGGAGCAAAUAUGCAACCGUUCCAUCUAUUUGAAAUAACUAGUCUAUUUUUUAAAUUGUUCUCUCAUAGGUCGAGAUACACCGACUACAAAGUGGGUGGUUCUAGCUGUCAAAAUGAGUUGGUCAACGUGUUCAUUGCAGUGAGCAUUAGCGA